CAACGAACGUCCUCAAUUGCGCGGUGGAUCGCAGGCAGGCUCAGUCCGGGACAAGACACACGAUGAAAGUCUUGGUCGCAGGAGCUACGGGCCUCAUCGGAAGCGAGGCCCUGCUCCACUGCCUCGACAAUCCUCAGGUUACGACUGUCGUCGCCUUCGCCCGACGGCCACUUGCAAAGAGUGUUCAAGGAAACGAUAAACUUACAACAGUCCUCAUGGAAGACUUCGGGGAUUGGCCCGAUGAUAGAUUGGAGACUGUGAAGGACGCAGACGCCAUGAUUUGGGCUCUGGGAACACUCGAUGGCGACACCACGUCCAACCUAGACUACCCCCUGGCGUUCAUCUCGUCUUUCGUUCGGAUCCUUGAAAGCAAUGCUGUUUCUGGGUCGGAAGGCUCCAAAGCUUUGUCAAAGUUCAGAUUCAUCUACCUCAGCGGGCAGAUGGUCGAGACGGACCAAAGCAAGGGCUUGCACCUGAUUCCGGCGGCGAGGAAGAUCAAGAGCGUGUUUGAAAACGAGGCCAUGAAGUUCACGGAAGAACAUGAAAAGCUAUGGCAGACGCUCAUAGUCAGGCCGGGCGGCGUGUUGCCAAAAGACACCAUCGCAACAAGCGUACUAGGCCUUGUUAUGGGAAUGAACUGGUCGGUACGUGUAGAGGAGCUUGCGGCGUUUAUAACUUACCUAGCUCUCUACGGGAGCAAGGACAAGAGCUUCUUUGAAAAUGAAGACAUCCUGAAGAAGGAAAGGUAGCUGCAGCAGACUAGAGAUUUUGCCGGUUGAAGAUUGGGGAAACAACCGCCUGACUUUGAGCAUCUUUAAGCUUUAUACAAGCAAAAAACUUCCCGGGCUCGCGCCCACACCUUUACACCUCUUUUUAAACGGGAGUCACGGUGCACACCCUGGAUGUUAUGGAAAAGGCUUUGUUAUUGCACAAAAAGGAAGCUAUUUAAAUAAAGGGCCCCUAGCGUUCCGU